CCACGUUUAAUUCCACGUUAUGAGUCUUGUUGGAACCCUUCUUGGUCUUCAUCAUAAAACACUCAAAUUAGUGAAUCCGCAACUUCUGCCGCCACCUAAGUUUUCACGGCCGCCAUGACCGCGCUGCCCCCUGGUGUCGUUGAUAUGAGGAUGAAGACAGGCUACAUAAGUUCACACUUUCUUGUUAUGGGUGUCUUGGGAGUGAUAUUCCAACUCUUUGGGGUGAAUGGUGACAACCCUUACAGAUUCUACACCUGGAAAAUCACUUAUGGUGACAUUUACCCUCUGGGUGUCAAGCAACAGGGAAUCUUGAUAAAUGGGCAGUUUCCAGGUCCGCAGAUUGACUGUGUCACCAAUGACAAUUUGAUUAUCAGUGUUUAUAACUACUUGAAUGAGCCAUUUCUCAUUUCUUGGAAUGGGUUACAACAGAGGAGGAACUCGUGGCAGGACGGGGUUUAUGGCACAACAUGUCCCAUUCCUCCGGGCAAAAACUUCACAUAUAUGCUCCAAGCAAAGGAUCAGAUAGGCAGUUAUUUCUACUUCCCAUCCCUUAGAAUGCACAAGGCUCUUGGAGGGUACGGUGCCCUACGAAUCUAUAGCCGCCCCCGCAUCCCCGUGCCUUUCCCUACACCUGCUCGCGAUUACACUGUCUUAGUUGGAGACUGGUUCAAGAAGAGUCACAGGCAAUUGGUGUAUAUUCUUGAUAGUGGCCAUAGCCUUCCCCUUCCCGAUGGGCUUAUAAUCAAUGGCCGUGGAUGGAAUGGAUAUACAUUUAUCGUCGAUCCAGGCAAGACUUACAGGAUGAGGAUAUCAAACGUGGGAGUGGCAACUUCUAUCAACUUCAGAAUAGAAGGGCACGUGAUGAGGCUGAUAGAGGUGGAGGGGUCCCACACGCUGCAGACGGCGUUCAGUAACCUGGACAUCCACUUAGGGCAGUCCUAUUCGGUCCUAGUGACAGCUGACCAGCAGCCCAAGGAUUACUACGUGGUGGCUUCUUCGCGGUUCACCUCAAGGGUCCUGACCACAACCGCCGUCCUCCACUACAGUAACUCCUUUCUGGGUGUCUUUGGCCCUCCCCCCAGAGGGCCAACCACCCAAAUUGCCUGGUCCCUUAACCAGGCAAGAUCCAUCCGAUGGAACUUGACGGCAAACGGGCCCCGACCAAACCCGCAAGGCUCGUACCAUUAUGGGAUGAUCAAACCUUCGCGCACAAUCAUGCUGGCAAACUCUGCCCCUUACGUCAAUGGAAAGCAAAGGUACGCGGUCAAUGGGGUGUCCUAUGUGAAUCCGGACACGCCAUUGAAGCUCGCGGACUACUUCAAGAUUGGGGGUGUCUACAAUCUGGGAGGCAUCCCCGACUUCCCCCGCGGUGGGGGGGCAUACAUUGCCACUUCAGUUAUUGCUGCAGAUUUCAGGUCCUUUGUGGAGAUUGUUUUUCAGAACUGGGAAGACACUGUCCAGUCUUGGCAUAUUGAUGGAUAUUCCUUCUUUGUUGUCGGAAUGGACGGGGGACAAUGGACCGAGGCGAGCAGGGUGCAGUAUAACUUGAGAGACACAGUUGCGCGUUGCACGGUUCAGGUGUACCCGAGGUCGUGGACAGCGAUAUACAUGGCAUUGGACAACGUAGGGAUGUGGAACGUCCGAUCCGAAGAGUGGGGGAGGCAGUAUUUGGGACAGCAGUUCUACCUUAGGGUCUACACUCCAUCAACCUCUUAUAGGGAUGAGCUCCCAAUCCCCAAGAAUGCCCUUCUUUGUGGUAGGGCCAUUGGCCAUCGCACGGGCACCAACCCUUCCUUUUUAGGACACCACCACCCAUAAUGUCCUCCCGCAUGUCUUUUGUCAAGAUACUCCUGUGUUUUCUUAUAGCUCAACUCGAGCUGUUGUUUUUUUUAAAGGCUGGGAAUAGACAUUUUGGGUAGUUUUUUAUGGUGUAGAUUACACAAUAUUGUCAUUAGAUAGUCUUUUGAAAACACUAUAUAGCUACUGGUUUAGAUUGUUU